CUGCAGUGCCACUUUACCUGGGAUCUGGACCCCAGCAAGACCAAUUUUUUACGUCUCAGCGACAAGCUGGUGGACAUGGGCACGGAGGAGGGAAACAGCUGGCUGGGUCACAUUUACAACCUGAGGGGGUUCAUUCAGUACAAGCUGGGCUUCACCGAAGACGCCCAGAGUCCCUACCUACUAUGGGUUUACAGACACUAUGUAGCUAUUGAUGAGGCCAUUGAUUUGGCAGAGAAGGCUCUGGAACAACAUCCAGAUGAGCGUUGUCUGAAGAGAUGUGCCGCACUCUACUACAAAUGGAAGAUCAUUCUUUCCAGCGACAGUUGCCCAAAGCAAAGCAUGAUAGACAGAGCAAUCAGUCUCCAUAAGGAGGUGGUUUCUCUUUACCCCCAUUCUUCAUUUGUGAACAAAGUAGACCUCGCAAACAUAUACGCGAAGUCCAAUCAUGGCCAGGCUAAAGCUGAGCAGAUGUACCAGGAACUGCUAGAAAUUGAUCUGAAACCUGCAGACAAACAGCUGGUUUACAACAACUACGCAAAGUAUUUAAACUACGAUCGACAGGAUCACAACAAGUCAAUAAAAUAUCACAUGAAGGCGGCAGAGAUACCGCAUCAAUCCUACUAUCGUAGGAACAGCAUAAAAAUUCUGGAGAAGAUAAAAAGUACACGCAGGAACCCAAUGUGGAGAGAAAUAGAGGAGUUUCUGGAAAACCUGCAAAAGCCAUAG